GAUUGGAUGCGUCCACGUCUCCAAUCUGUCCAACCACCACACCACCUCUGGAAAAGAGCAAGGGGCAGGGGGGAGCGAGAUCCUCCGCCAUGGCAGAGGAGCAGCCUGUUGCAGUCCCGGCCGUCGUCUCCGUCCUCUCGACCAUCCUCCAGCGGCAGGCGGAGCGCAACGACGCGGCCUCCAGCGGCUGCCGAGCGCCGUCGGCCUUCCACGGCGUCCGGAAGCCGUCCAUCUCAGUGCACCGCUACCUGGAGCGCAUCUUCCGCUACGCCUGCUGCAGCCCCUCCUGCUACGUCGUCGCCUACAUCUACCUCGACCGCUUCGCCGGCAGCCACCCCGCCGUGACCCUCGACUCCUUCAACGUCCACCGCUUCCUCAUCACCAGCGUCCUCACCGCCGUCAAGUUUAUGGACGACAUAUACUACAACAACGCAUACUAUGCUAAAGUUGGGGGGAUCAGCCUAAUGGAGAUGAACUACUUGGAAGUAGAUUUCUUGUUCGGCAUAGGCUUUGAGUUGAAUGUUACUCCUGUCACCUUCAGCUACUACUGUUCUAUUCUUCAGAGGGAAAUGUGCAGGGAAUCACUUCCUUCUCCUCUUCCUCCUGCUCCUGCUCCUGCUGCUCCUGCAUCGAGGUUGCUCUGUUGCUUGGCUGAGGAAGAAUCCAGCAGUUGCCAGCAGAAGCAGCUUGCUGUUUGAUUGCUGUUGUAUAGAUCAGCCUCUUGAUUAGCUCUAUGAGUAGUGUACCACUCUCUUUUCGCAUGUGAACUAUGACUCAAAACCUUUCUAUCUGCCAUUUCUGAUCA